AGAAGAAGAAGAAGAAGAAGAAGACACAAGGUUUCGCUCUACGAGCUCGACGCAUGAGCCGAUGCAUCUGUGUUGCCGGACCCAUCACUAUUGUUUAGUUAAGGAUAAAGUGGUCUCGAUGCGCUAGAAGCACUGUGCCGCUUCUCGUGCUAUCUUUGCUUGUUAGUUAGCUUAGCUCGCUAGUUAGCUUAGCUUGUUAGCUGCUAACAGAAGACACAGAAGUUAUCAACACAUCGCUAAGUAGAGAUCAAGUGUGAGAGUAAAGUGUUGUGAUUGUGUGAAAAUGUCUACAUUACAAAUGUUGAGAGCGUUGGUGGAUCAGCGACUAACUGCUGCCGUUGAAGAAAUAUUUGUAGUGUUAGAAAGAACGAUAGCAGAACACGAGGCGGAACUUUCUAGAACAAAAGAGGAUUACAAUCAACUACUGGACGCUGUUUUCAAGAAACAUCAAGUUGUGUUACACAGAACAGAUGUCGAAGAACAUAUUUUUCGUGAGCAGGAAGAGGAACCACAGUCCCCCCACAUUAAAGAGGAAGUUGAGACGCCACAGACCCAUAGUGUUAAACUGACCCUUCACAUUAAAGGGCAAGCGGAGGACCCUCUGAACUUACACAUCAAAAAUAAAGAGGAGGACCCACUGACCCCUCACAUUAAACAGGAAGAGGAGUACCCACUGACCCCUUACUUCAAAGAGGAAGAGGAGGACCAAGAGGCGCCGCACAUUAAAGAGGAAGAGGAGGAAGAGGGCAUCAGUCAGCCUAAAUGGUUGGAGGAGUUCCCAGUGACUGGUGUCCCUGUGAAGAGUGAAGAUGAUGAGGUGAAAGGUGAAAGUGAGGAGAGGGGAGGGGGGGAGCCUCCAAGCAGCAGCUCAACACAACACAUGACAACAGAAGCUGAUGGAGACCACUGUGGAGGAUCACAAGCAGACAAGCUCUUAGCUCCACUAUCAGAUAGUGAGGACACAACGUCACACUCUCCUGACACUGAUGAUGAAGACUCUAAAGAUGAUAAGACAUGUCACACUGACAACACUCACUUCACAUCUUCUCUCUGUCACAAAACCUUUAAAUACCAUAGUUAUCUGAAAAGACACAUGAGAACACACACUGGAGAAAAACCUUUUUCUUGUUCACUCUGUAGUAAAGGUUUUGGACAAAGUCACCAUUUGAAAAGACACAUGAGAACACACACUGGAGAAAAACCUUUUUCUUGUUCAAUCUGUGGUAAAGGUUUUACACAACGUCAAAAUUUGAAAGUACACAUGAGAACACACACUGGUGAAAAAAACUUUUCUUGUUCAAUCUGUGGUCAAGGUUUUGCACAAAGUAAUAAUUUGAAAAGACACAAGAGAACACACACUGGAGAAAAACCUUUUUCCUGUUCGACCUGUGGUAAAGGUUUUACAAGAAGUACAGAUGUGAAAGGACACAUGAGAACACACACUGGUGAAAAACCUUUUUCUUGUUCAAUCUGUGGUAAAGGUUUUACAGAAAGUCAGAAUUUGAAAAGACACAUGAGAACACACACUGGUGAAAAACCUUUUUCCUGUUCAAUCUGUGGUAAAGGUUUUACAACAUGUACAUAUGUGAAAGUACACAUGGGAACACACACUGGUGAAAAAUCACAUUCCUGUUGAAUCUGCAACAGAAGCUUUGGUGAACGUUCAAAGCUUGUAGCACACAUGAGAAGACACCCAGGAGAGAAAGUGUUGAGUUGCAGUGUGUGUGGUGAAAGAUUGUCUUCUAAGUAGCAGUGUAAGAAACACAAGUGUGCUGGUGAGAACAGCAGCAGCAAAUGAAACUGCAGGAUUUGAAAUAAACUGUCCAGACUUUCAUUUUGACUUUCUAACAACAUCAGCACAUAUAACAUGUGUGACAUUGUUGUUUGUCCAACAAUCUUUUUAAUAUGCUUCUACAUUUAUAGAUUAGAUAGUUGGAAAUAUAAAAGUAUUACUUAUUUGUACUUGUAAUUGUUGAUAAUCCCAUAGAUUAUCACCUUUAUAUGAUAUACAUAUGUACUGGUUCACAUCUGAAACAUCUUCUGGACCACUUCAGGAAGCAUAUUAUUAUUUACUUUAUACAUCAUUUAAACAGUUGUCUUUUAUACAAUUUUAAAAUGUGUGACUUUAUGAAUCAUUUGUUGGGUCUCUGUAAUCCAUUUUAUUAAUCAUCUUUACUACUCUCUUUUGUAAUAUGAUGAUUGUGUUGUGAUUUUUUUAUACUUUAACUUAAUAUGUAUGUACUUGUUCGUUUAUGCAAUAAAAAGUGAGAGAAAAUG